AAGCUUUAAGAAUAAAUGCGUGAAAACUAGAGUAAAAUGGGUAAAACAUGUGACUUAUGUGUGUGUUAGACCUAUACUACUUGGCGGAGUUAAAAAAUAAGGAACAAACGGUGUCCUAAAUUUCAGUUCCUGUCAGUUCGUCACCUCGAUGACUAUCUUCCUCUAAUCCCCGAGUUAGAUAGUUUAAAUAAACUCUUUUUUUUCUGAGCAGGAAUUCAGGGGAUCAGUGUUACACUUUUCCUAUAGGAUUAAAGAGAUCUUCCUCUGCUGUUGAAUGGAGGCAGGGAGCCCACCGUUGGCCGGCCCUGAAGGCCCAGGGUGCCCUUUUGAUCAUUUCAGUCUCUCCUCGGUGCAAACCUCCUGAUUGGCCCAGAGAGUAAGAAGGGGGAAAAUCUUUAAUUAAGCAGAUAAUCUCUUGUUGGGGACGAGAGCAGCUCCAUUUCAGAGCCCCCUCCUUGAAUCCUGGAAGCCUCCUGGAGAAGUUUCAUGUGCUGCUAGCUCAGUUUCCUCUCCAUCGUUGGACCGUCUGCAGGCUCUGGACUGGAUCCCCCUCACCUGUCAGAAUGUUCAUGCAUUUGGAGGUUUUCUAUUACAUCUUCAUUCUCCUAGCUAACAUGAGGUGCUACUGCUGCUGGUGAGUUUCAUUUACAGUGAAAUGUUACUUAUUUUUUAGGGUAAAUUUUGUUUCCUAAUUAUGUUCAUCCGCAGAUAGUUUCUACAGUGUCACCAUCUGCAACACAAUCAUCUGUAAAAGCUAGUUUUUGUGCUUUUAUUCUCACUUCAAUCAUUCUGCUCAUUCCUUAAGUUAUUUUUAACCAAAUUUAUUUUGAUUUCUUGAGAAUUUAAUAAUGAAACCAGAAAAUUCCUUGUGGCGAGGACAUAACAUUCAAACAAUUUAUUGAUUGUUGUAUGAAAUCUGCACAUAGGCCUACUACUUCUAUCAUUAAUAUUGAAUAAAAAGUCCUAAAGUGUCUUUAUAUGUUGCUUAAAGACAAGAUUAUGCUUUUCAUGUACAUUUCAAGCCAUUCCUCAGAUAGUUUGACUCAUCAUACUGUUUAUUUCUAGUGAGAAUGUGGAGAUUAUCUGGACCAAAGUCCGCUCAUUUACAUUUUAAAAGCAAUUUUAAAAAAAAGCAUUUAAAGAGAUUAAAACCAGUUUUACCCUGUCUUAACAUUCAUGACCGAAAAUUUCAUGGCUUUUGGAAGGAAUAGCAUUGGUCUUUUAGGAUUAAUCCUAAUAUAUAACAGAAUGUGGCAUAUUCAACAUAAGUUAGCGGCAUAUUUCACAAACUUGCAACCCUGAAUUUAAAUUCUGAUUUAGUCCCAAAAGCAGGCAAUCUUUUAGCAUAUAUCUGCCUCUUUUCAAAGUAUAUCUAAAGACGUAUUUAGAGGCAUUGAUCACUAUCAUUUGAGAUUUUGUCACGAUUUUAAUCAUGGUAAGAAAACAUUAGUAAAGCUUUUUGUAUCAGUUAGCAGACCUUAGAAAGAACUGCUUUUGAGUUGCCAGGUUGUGGAAGCUCCUCUAGAUAUGAUUGGACUUAAAAUCCAUUUUAUCAGCAACAUACAAACACACAAAACUGCAGAUUUCUAUGUCUUCAACGUUUCUUCUUGGCAUUUUAGCAUCUAACAAGGACAAACUGAGUGAUUAAAAAUGGGUUACCAACAAUUAUAAAUGCAUUUUAAACACUAUCUACUGGCAUUUCUUACAAACUCACAGCGGUAAACUCUACAUAACUUUAAUCUCACACACAUUUCCUUAAGUCUGCCUCCACUUUUACAUUUCUAUACAUGUUUUAAAGCAAAAGUAGCUGUAUUUUCUCUGAGGUUUGGUCUGGCGUCGGGGUUUAACAUGUUACACGGGGCACUAACUAAUGAGAGAUGUUAGUGGAGGAAUUUGUUGAGGACACUGAGCUUCCCUGAGUGAAUCAGCUUUCUCCUUUUCCAGGUCAGUGAAUAAUUUCCUGAUGACUGGACCCAAGGUAAGCCAACUCUCUUUUGAUCUAGCUGCCUGUCCUUUUCACUGAUAGAGAGAGAGAGAGAGAGAGAGAGAGAGAGAAUGAGAGAGAGCGUGGGCUUACAUGUUGUCCUCGUGAUGUUUUAACUCAAGUGCAUUGGCGCCUGUCUGUUAUAUCAGUGAUAUACUCAGCUCCUUUGUGAUUUCCCCCCUCCCUCUGUCAUACACUUGACCUUACUCAGAGGCCCUGUGUAUCUGUGGAUGAAUGUUUUAAGAGGCCGGGGCAGGCAUGGCUGUAGUGGGUGGUCAUCAUUAGUGAGCCAGACCCCUGCGAAAGAGGAGGUACUCCACCUGCCACUUGAGACAUAUUAGUUAUAUUAUCGUUCACACAGUCCGAUAAAACAGCGAACUGGGCGGGUGAGAGCAGAGGACACUUCGAAAUUGUUAAAGCAUCAAGAAGGGUCUAGAAAGUAUUAUGUUUUUUGCCCUUAUCUCUCCAGUCAAAGAUAUACGUUACCUACCAGUUCUUGAAAAAUAACAAAGUAUAACUCAUUAGCAAACUCUCAUGCAUUUGUUUACACCUUGGCUUUUUUGUCCUGGUUAUGGAAUAUUUUUCUUCAGAUAAGGAGUAAAAAAUUGACACCAGUGGGAAGACGGAAAUGCAAAGGAGGCUGAAAUUAACCAAAAUAACCUUUUCUUGAUCCUUUCACGUCUAAAAUUGGAUCUUAAAUGAGGAUUUUAACUAGUAAUCUGUGAUUUUGUCACAUAAAUGGUUUCAAAUAGUCACACUUGAGCCGUCACUUCUGACUCCAUUGAACUCUGUGAUUUAGGGUCAGUCUUAAUCUGGUGAUUUACUCCCAAAAUAACAUUUAUAUUACUGAUUUGAUAGGAUAUAUUCGGCAAGAUUCAUCCAAUCACAUUUCAACUGAAUACAGAUGUGGCAAACAAAAAGCACACAAUCCCUCUAGAGAGUCCCAUCUUCAAAAUGCUUAUUUUCAAUGAGUCACUAAUUCUUGUCUGAUAAAAUUUCAUACUCCACCUUUAAAUUCUCAUGUCUUUUGGGCUUCAGGCGUACCUGAUUUACUCCAGCAGUGUAGCAGCAGGAGCUCAGAGCGGCAUUGAAGAGUGCAAAUACCAGUUUGCGUGGGACCGCUGGAACUGCCCCGAGAGAGCUCUGCAGCUGUCCACGCACAGCAGCCUGCGCAGCGGUGAGUCCAGAGUCCCCGUCCCCCCCAGUCUCAAAACUGCAGGGAGAGAAGCUUCGAGAGAUACACAUCUAAAGGGGGAAACAUGUCUGAUGAAAUUUCACAGAUGUUUUGUAACUGUGUGCUUCUGUUUGUUGCAUGUUUUUGUGUCAGAGGGGAGGGUUUAUCUCCCUCUGUGAAAAAGAGAUGUUUGCUCAUCACCCCCUCCCUUUGGGGUACUUACAGUGGGCACGGUUGCUAGAGGCAAAACAAACACUCUAAUCCGUAUCACAACAUCCCCCAGAAUCACUGCCUCUGUUUGCAGCUUAUUAAAGCCUAAUGUCUUCAGCGGUAUAAAAUGAACUUCAUGUAGGCACAGCUUAGAGUAUGUCCUUUGAGGCUGCUUUGAUGGUUCUGAACAGAAACAGAGAAAUAUGGCUUUUGGCUGAGUUUAAAUUAUUGAUCUAGUUAGAUAAAAUUUAUUACUAAUGUAAUUUAUAACCUAUUAUGAGUGAUUGAUUGAUUUACUCUCUUAAAAAGUCGGAUUUUUCUUGCAAACCAUCACCUUCAUAUGCAACAUGAAUACAUAGCAUAUGAUCUCAACACACAGAAUCAAAGGCCUCAGGUUUAGUGAUUAAAUUUAGUACCUUAUCUCAAAAUUGACUUCUUUAAACUGAGUUCAUUACGAUAUGGUGGUUUUGAUCUUGUAGUACCUUGAUCUGCGUAUUGAGAGUGUAUUUGUGUGUCUCCGUUGACAGCGAAUCGAGAAACGGCGUUCGUUCACGCCAUCAGCUCCGCCGGAGUCAUGUACACUCUAACAAGGAACUGCAGCCUGGGAGACUUUGACAACUGCGGCUGUGACGACAGCAGGAACGGACAAAGAGGUCAAAGAAACACACAAACACAACAGAGGUUAAAUUACUCAUAAACACUUGAUGGCUUUAACUGAAUUUUUUUUGUUUUGGUUUUGACAGGUGGUCACGGUUGGUUGUGGGGUGGCUGUAGUGACAACGUCGGCUUCGGAGAGGCUAUUUCCAAACAGUUUGUGGAUGCUCUGGAGACCGGGCAGGACGCACGUGCAGCCAUGAAUCUUCAUAAUAACGAGGCCGGCCGUAAGGUACAGUAGGUGCUCACAGCUUCGAGUGAUGUUUCUGCCUUUAAUUGAAACCUUACUGUAUGUAAACUGGGUGGCAGCUCCCUUUAAAUGUGGAGAAUCUCUCUCAGCCCUCCGACUGAUUCUGCCGUGUGAAGCACCUUUUGAAUCAAUGUUCCCCGCUCAGAAUAACCCUGAGUGUGCCACCCAAGCAUCCCUUUCACGUCGCUAUAAGUGAGGUGCCACUCGUCCCCGAUAAAAACAGUGUGUUCGGUGUACCAGAAGGGCCUAUUUACCAGCGCUGAAUGCCCCUUACGACAAUACCUCAACUCGAGAAUCUCAGGAUCACUGGUGCGAGCUUUAAUUAGAGAUCCUGCAGAGCCAGACAUCGCCCAGCAUUCUGUAUUAUGCUGCUUUUUUAAAAUAAGUGUUUAGUUUUUAUUCUUGCAAUAAGGAUCCCACAUUUAUGUUGGUCUUUGUUUGGCCCCAGGGGGGAGUCUGAGGGGACCACAGGCGUGCAGCUGAAGUGCUCUUUGUUUAUGGUGCCUUUGCUCCCCCCUGUUAGGCCUGGGGAUCCCCAUGGCACCUGGAGCAUCAUUGUAACAGAAAAAAAUGGGGAUAGAAAGAGAGAAAAACUCCUUUUUCAUUUCUUUCUUCAAUAGGACUCUCCAUUGGGUCUUCUCACACUAAAACAUGUUGAUAAUGAACAUGCUAAAUAAAUACUCCUAUUUCUUCUGGGGGACAAUAGGGCUCAAUGUGAAACUUUGAUUCAGCCUCACCUCCGGAGAAAGUUCAUCCCGUCCUCGAGGAAAGAAAACGUUUUCCUUUUCAAACGGCAGCUGGUUUUGUGUCGGGGAAAGUCAGGAAACACUGAGGAUGACAAAAACACCCGGCAGAGGCCCUUGAAGCUAUCACUUCUUCUUUUCAGCGUAUUCAUCCCUUUUUUAUUUAACUGGAAGACUUACAUUCAGUUAAUUUGACAACACAUCAAUCAAAAGACAAUGGACAUUGUGUCUUUAACGCACACACAUCCAUACAUUGAUGUGCACAUUUGUAGGAACCGUAUCUUUGUCUUAACUCUACUUUUGAUAGAAAACUGAUGUUCUUCGUUACAAUAAACUAUAAACACAUGACUAUUGUUUCCUUUCCUUCUUUGCUGUGUCUCCAGGCUGUUAAAGGAACCAUGCAGAGGACGUGUAAGUGCCACGGCGUCUCAGGUAGCUGCACCACUCAGACCUGCUGGCUGCAGCUCCCAGAGUUCAGGGAGGUGGGGAUCUACCUGAAGGAGAAGUACCACCGCGCUCUGAAAGUGGACCUCCUACGAGGUGCAGGAAACAGCGCGGCCAGCCGGGGGGCCAUCGCCGAGACUUUCAGCUCCAUCUCCCGUAAGGAGCUCGUCCACCUCGAGGACUCCCCCGACUACUGCCUGGAAAACCGCACACUCGGCUUGCCGGGCACAGAAGGCCGGGAGUGCCUCAAGAAGGGCAAGAACUUGAGCAAGUGGGAAAAGCGGAGCUGUAAGAGGCUGUGCGGGGAGUGCGGACUGGCCGUGGAGGAGCGCAAAGCCGAGAUGGUGUCGAGCUGUAAUUGUAAAUUCCACUGGUGCUGCGCGGUGAAGUGCGAGCAGUGCAGAAAGACAGUGACCAAGUACUUCUGCGUGAAGAAAGGCGGUCAGAGGGGGAGGAAUGAGAGCGCAGGGAGCCGCCGGAAGAACCUCAGACUGAGGAAGAAGCACUGAGCGUCUUCACUUUCACCUUUUGUUGACAUUUUUCGACCAGUGCGACUUUGUUUUGGACAAAAACUUAGCAAAAACACAAGUUCAGACCAUCCUCUUUGUCAGUUUUGUAUUGAGAGUUGAAGACAGUGGGAUGUGCAAAACAACAAGAGAGAGAUGAGAAGUGAAGGGUUAAAACGUUGUAGAUUUUUUGGUAAAUAUGUAUUUAAGAUAUAUUUUUAUACUUUGUAAAACAUUUUGAAGGCAUUUAAAAAGCUUUUCUCUGGAUUUAAGACCCCCCACGUUCUGGUUUAUUUAUUUUCACAUGAAAACCUCGGACCAAACUGUUGAAAUUAAAGAUUGAAAAUAAGCAUAUUGAGCUUAAACCCACAGCUGUCAAGAGGAUUUUUCUUGAGUAAUCUUUGUAUAUUUCAAAUUUCACCUCAAAGAUUUCCGUUUAUUCAGAGAAAUUUUGUUUUUUUCAGGGACUGUCUGCCCUCCUGACCCCUGCUGCCCUCUUGAUGUAUUUAAUUGUAUAUUAAAUGAAGCACUUUGUACUGUACAUUGUUAAUUUAUUUCACGGCAUUUGCUAGUUUUUCUUUGUUGUUUAGUUGCCCUUUGUGGUUUGUCUUCCGUUAAAAUGUAUGAAAAGUAAUAAAUCCUUCAAUCUUACUGAUCAUUCA